GUCUGCACCCCGCCGCAGCUGCACCCAGCCGGGUCGCCCCGGGCUCUGCGGACCAGGUGCGGGCGUCGGGGCGGGGUCGCCGUCUCUUCUCAGGUGUCGCCGCCGCGCCGCGCCGCCGGAGGCUCCGCCAUGGCCCAGCAGAGAGCCCUGCCGCAGAGCAAGGAGACGCUGCUGCAGUCUUACAACAAGCGGCUCAAGGACGACGUCAAGUCCAUCAUGGACAACUUCACCGAGAUCAUCAAGACCGCCAAGAUCGAGGACGAGACACAGGUGUCGAGGGCCACUCAGGGUGAGCAGGACAAUUACGAGAUGCACGUUCGCGCUGCCAACAUCGUCCGAGCCGGUGAGUCCCUGAUGAAGCUGGUGUCUGACCUCAAGCAGUUCCUCAUCCUCAACGACUUCCCGUCCGUGAACGAGGCCAUCGACCAGCGCAACCAGCAGCUGCGAGCCCUGCAGGAGGAGUGCGACCGGAAGCUCAUCGCCCUGCGGGAUGAGGUCUCCAUCGACCUGUACGAGCUGGAGGAGGAGUAUUACUCGUCCAGCUCGAGUCCUGGCGAAGCUAGCGGCCGGCCUCUGUGCGAAGCGUACUGGGGGCUGGACCUCGACACAGACUCUGCCGAUGGCCGCUCGGCCCCCAUGCUGGCGUCCCCGGAGCCCAGCGCUGGCCCCCUGCAGGGUGCGGCCCCUGCCCACUCCCAUGCCAGCGGCCCUGGCCCCACGGAGCACGCCUGAGCCUCCCAGUGCUCCCCUCCCUGCACCCCUAGGUUCUGAGGAGGUCUGGUGUCCCCUCCAGGCCCACCACAACUUUGCUUCUUUUAGCCUUGCUUCCCAUUGGGCAGCUACGGUGGGCUCCUUGGGAGCUUUGGCCCAGGGCCUGCCACCCCCCC